CACGGCUCUGAACAGCGGCGGCGCCAAAAGAGAGAAUCUCCGACGGAACUUUUAGCACUGCCACCUAAAGCGGCGGUUCUACGCUACUUUACGUAUUCCGUUUCGACAAUAUCGCCAUCACAUCCGAUAUGAUGCCGAUAUUCCUUUAUGCUUUGGAUAGAAAGAUGAGAAUGUGCUCUUAAAGGGGGAGUGCAUGUAGAGGUAUACUUCGUGUGCACGUAUGAAAGGAAUUUGAAGAGAGGAUUGAGACUGAUCGCGGCUCCAUUCUGCGAAUGACGGCUCCCUCUUAGAGACGCAGAGUUGGUGCGUAAUUAACUGGAACAUUGAAUUUACAGCAGAAUGACAGAGGUAUAUUUAGCUCAGGAGGAUGAAAAUGAGAGAAGAUCUGAUAAUGAGAUAUCUGAGGACGAGAAGAGGAGAACUCGUAGGAUCAGCUCCUUGAAGAAGAAGGCAAUGAAUGCUUCCACAAGAUUCACGCAUACUCUUAGGAAGCAUAGUAGACGAUUUGCUAAUUGUCCAUUUGCAUCAAUUUCAAUAGAAGAUUUUAGAGAUGAGAAGGAAGAGGAGGCGGUGAAUACUUUUCGCCAGGCCUUGAUUGAAAAGGGCCUCCUUCCAACUCGUCAUGAUGAUUAUCACACAAUACUUAGAUUUCUAAAAGCAAGGAAGUUUGAUAUUGAUAAAACAAUCCAAAUGUGGGCUGACAUGCUCAACUGGAGAAAGGAAAAUAGAGUUGACUCUAUUAUGCAGGAUUUUGUAUAUGAUGAACUUCAAGAAGUUCAGCAUUACUACCCUCAUGGUUACCAUGGUGUAGAUAAAGGGGGAAGGCCUGUCUAUAUUGAAAGACUUGGCAAAAUUGAACCUAGCAAGCUUAUGAAUGUAACCACAGUUGAACGGUUUUUGAAGUAUCACAUCCAAGGAUUUGAAAAGACCUUUGCCGAGAAAUUUCCAGCAUGUUCAAUUGCAGCAAAGAGGCAUAUAGAUUCUUCAACCACAAUCUUAGAUGUCCAUGGGAUGAACUGGAGGAGUUUUGGCAAACUUGCACACGAUUUAGCCAUGCACAUUCAAAAAAUAGACAGCGAUAACUACCCUGAGACAUUGCACAACAUGUUCAUUGUUAAUGCUGGAAGUGGAUUUAGAUUACUAUGGAACACUGCAAAGGGAUUUCUUGAUCCACGGACUACUGCAAAGAUACAAGUCUUAGGGAGCAAGUUCCAGAGUAAAUUAACUGAAGUUAUAGACCCUAGCCAAUUGCCAGAUUUUCUGGGAGGAACCUGUUCGUGCCCAAAUGAGGGUGGGUGUCUUAGUUCUGACAAGGGACCCUGGAAAGAUCCAGAGUUCAUGAAGCUGGUGCAUGCUUUACAUGGUGAAAGGAAACCAACUUGUUUCUCUGACGAUGAUAUUGAAAUCAAGCCAACUUCUUCAACAUUACCAAAAGGCGAGAUUGUUUGUGCUGAACCAAGUGCAGACAUGGGACUAUAUGCUUAUGGUGUGGUGAAGUCAAUGCCACCUUCUGGCAUAAAAACAAAAAGGAAACCUAUUUGCAACAUGGUUGAACGAUUCAAUGAUAGGGGUAGAGUUGAAGACGUUAGCCUUUCAAAUUUGACCCCUGGGACAACACAAGCAACGCAAGACAAAUCAAUCUCAAAAUUUUUUGUUAACGUCGUGUUCAGGCUACUUGCAUAUAUUUGCACUGCACAAGUUGGCAGAGUUUUUGUGAAGAAUAGUCGGGACAGGGCAACAGAAAACGAGCGGAGGUCAAACUUAACCGGUUCAAGUUCUAGAGAACAGAAUGUUUCACUUUCCAAAAGGGAGGACCUCCUUCAGUGCUCUCACAGGUUGCAACAUUUAGAAAAAGUGGUUACAGAGCUGUUAAACAAACCUACAGAAAUUCCUCCUGAAAAGGAGCUCAUGCUUCUAGAUUCAAUGAAUCGCAUAAAGUCAAUUGAACACGACCUGCAGAAGACAAAGGAAGCACUGUUUGCGACAGCAUCACAACAGGUGAAGCUCACCGAGUCGCUGGAAUUGUUGAAGGAGAAUGCUCUUAAAGGAAAGAAGUCAUGUUGGCCGCUUGUCCAUCCUCUAUACAGAAACUGAACAGUUUGUAACAGUUUUGCUAAGAAACCAGUGUGACAACUAUUGGCAUCACACUAUAUUUGCAGCAAAAUUUGCCGAUUUUCCCUAAUGGGUAUGAUUGGACGGUGAAAGAGAGAAUUUGGUCGAGAUCUUGGUUUCUUGACUCGGUUUCUUUUUUAUGGUGCAUGUGUAACUUUGUAAGUAUGACAUUGUGGCAAAAUAAUAAUCUUUGUACAUAAUAUCACACGUGAAUUGUGAUAUAAUAAAUUAGUUAUCUUAAUUUUAGAAACACACUCUUUUUCAUCA